UAAGAUUUGUUGAUAGGUGGCGUCAGCGGGCGAAUUGUCAAUGUGACACUUUACGUCUAUUUUUUAAGAAUUUUCCCAGAAUUUUUAUAAAUUUUGAUCGGUUAUUGCUUUCGUAUUUAUUUUUAGUUUAAUAAUUAAUUUGUGCACAUGGCGGGCUAUGGAGACGACUCAAUAAUUCCACGUAAACUGCUCUUUGACGGUGAUGGCACGGGUGAAGAUAAAAAAUUACAAUUUUUAAUAAAAACCCUCUACACGUGGGCGGCUAAAGAGAACGACCCUCAAACAGACCAAGACGUUUUUAUGAAACUUCAAGGUCUAUUAUUCGACAUGAAACUGCGUAAGAAACAGAGAGAUUUAGCAAGAAAAUGCACACAAACCCAGAUCGAUAAGUUCCAAAACACUUAUAAAAUAUUCGAGGAUAAAGUUAAAGAGAUCAACGGUGAUAUUGAACAUCAACAAGGAUUAGUGAAGAGGGCGCAGCUGGUGAAGCAACAUUUCGUUGAAUGUGAAUUUCUUGUUAAAGCGAUCAAUCAAGAACCGUCCCGACAUGAUUUAGAAAGAGAUAUUAAGAGGUUGAGGGAGGAAAUCGGCGAGUUAAAAAGAGAGAAAAAUAUUUUGGAUGAUAAAUGGAACGCAAGGAUUAAGCAAUGUCAAGUGCUAUCAACUUCUGCUAACGCCCUUAGGAGUAUUUUGAAGGAUGAAGAGGUUAGUUCUGACGAAGAGGUUGCUAGUGGAAAUAUAAAUAAAUUAGACUAAUACUUUGAUCAUCUGAGGGUCAUUUUUAUUUUUUUUUUAUAAAUGAAUUUGUUAUUUUAAGUUUAACUGUGAAUAGAAUGUAAUAUUUUGUUUUUAAUUGAUGUUUGACAAGUACCAAUAUAUUUUUUUUAAAUAA